GACAUGGGAACAGAGAACACAACACUGCUGACCGAAUUUGUUCUCACAGGACUUAGUCACCAACCACCAUGGAAAAUCCCUCUGUUCCUGCUGUUCUUGGUCAUCUAUCUGAUCACCAUUGUGGGAAAUCUUGGUCUGAUCAUUCUCAUCUGGAAUGACCCUCACCUUCACAUCCCCAUGUAUUUAUUUCUUGGGUGUUUAGCGGUUGUUGAUACUUGGUUAUCAUCCACAGUGACUCCAAAGAUGCUUCUCACCUUCAUAACUAAGAGUAAACUUAUCUCUCUUUCUGAAUGCAUGAUACAGUUCUUUUCAUUUGUGAUGUGUGCAACCAUGGAAUGUUUUCUCUUGGCAGCAAUGGCCUAUGAUCGCUAUGCAGCCAUAUGCAAACCCUUACUGUACCCAAUGAUCAUGACUAAUAGACUGUGUGCACGUCUGCUCGUCUUGAUUUUUGUAACUGGAAUUCUUCAUGCUUCAAUUCAUGAAGGCAUGUUGUUCCGAUUAACCUUCUGUAAUUCCAAUGUGAUACAUCACUUUUACUGCGAUGUUAUGCCACUGUUAAAGAUUUCCUGUACCGAUCCUUCUCUUAAUUACCUCAUUGUUUUUAUUUUCUCUGGCUCUAUUCAAGUUUUCACUAUUUCAACUAUCCUAGGCUCUUACACACUUGUUCUGUUUACAAUCUUAAAAAAGAAAUCUGCCAAAGGCAUAAAGAAAGCCUUCUCCACCUGUGGAGCCCAUCUCCUCUCUGUGUGCUUAUAUUAUGGUUCUCUUCUCUUCAUGUAUCUGCUUCCUGCAUCCCAAAAAGUACAGGAUGAAGACAUGAUGGACUCUGUAUUCUACACUGUCAUAAUCCCCAUGAUGAAUCCAAUUAUUUAUAGUCUGAGAAACAAGCAAAUCAAAGACUCACUGGAAAAAUUCUUAAAGAGAAAUGUUUAG